CAAAUCCAGUAGCAGAGCUGACCUAUUUCAUUAAGAAAAACGCAGUCCCUGAGUUGACUAUGGAGAACUUCAAAGGUUGUGUACAAUAUGGAACGGUAUCUGGAAUGCAUAUUGAGAGUUUACUGAGGUUGAUGACGGGAAUCUACGCGCCCAUAUUCUUUGAGAACACAUCAUGGCCAGACAGUAUUAAAAAUGAUUUCUCAGCUCAGCUUCACAAGUUCCUGGCCAGUUUAACAGACACCCGUUGGAAGCUUGAGGGGAAAACAGUCCUCUAUAUUCCCAAUGAGGGGCAGAAAAUGGAC